GCGGCCCGCCUGCGGCAGGUGCGGCGGCGCGGCUCGCAGCACCUCCAAGAGCCAAGCCUUGCUCCUAUGGCCAGCCCUGGGCUGUCUGGAGCUGGGGAGGGCCAGGAAGAAGAGGAGACUACGGGGGUCUCAGCAAGGAAUGGAGCAGAGGUGCUGCAGCAAGCCCAGGAGCUCUUUCUACUGUGUGACAAAGAUGCCAAAGGCUUCAUCACUCGUCAGGAUUUGCAGGGUCUGCAGAGUGAUCUUCCCCUUACGCCUGAACAGCUGGAGGCUGUGUUUGAAAGUCUGGACCAGGCCCACACUGGCUUCCUCACAGCCCGGGAGUUCUGUCUAGGCCUAGGGAAGUUUGUGGGGGUGGAGUCGGCCCCAGGUGGGUCCCCCUUGAGGACUCCUGAGGAAACCUUUGAGUCGGGCACAGGGGGCUCUCUGGAAGAGGAGGACGAUAUUGAGACAUUCUACACUUCCUUGGAGAAGCUAGGAGUGGCCAGGGUCCUGGGCGAGCAAUGGGCCGUGAGGACACUGUGGGUCGGGCUGCAGCGCGAGCGACCCGAACUGUUGGGCUCUCUAGAGGAAGUUCUGAUGCGCGCGUCGGCCUGCCUGGAGGCGGCGGCCCGGGAACGCGAUGGUCUCGAGCAGGCGCUGCGGCGGCGGGAGAGUGAACACGAGAGGGAGGUGCGCGGACUGUACGAAGAGCUGGAGCAGCAGCUCCGGGAGCAGCGACACCGCGGGCAGAGCCAGAACCUACCCCGGGAGGAACAGAGGGGCCACCUGGAGCUGGAGCUGCAGACCCGUGAGCAGGAGUUGGAGCAUGCAGCUCUGAGGCAGCGGGAGCUGGAACAGCAGCUGCAGGCCCGGGCUGCAGAACAGCUAGAGGCACAGGCCCAGCACAUCCAGCUGCAGAGGGCCUAUGAGGCCAUCCGGGCACAGCUGGACCAGGCACAAGAGCAGCUCAGCAGACUGGAGGGCGAAGCACAGGGUCGUCAGGAGCAAACCCAGAGAGAUGUGGUUGCUGUCUCCAGGAACAUGCAGAAAGAGAAAAUCAGCCUCCUAAAGCAGCUGGAGCUGCUGAGGGAGCUGAAUCUGAGGCUUCGAGAUGAGAGAGACGCCUGUGAGACUAAGCUGCUGGGCAGUAGUCACAGGAAGGCUCUAGCUAUUACCCACAAGCCCGGACCCAUCUACUGCUGCUGCUGCUGUGGCUGGGCUCGGCCCCCCAGACGAGGCUCUGGCCAUCUUCCUAGUGCCCGAUGACCAGCCCCAAAUGACUCACUUCCUUAUCCAGAGGACUGCUCCUGGGAGGGACUGGUCUUGGGUGGCAGUUGCUUGCUAAGUAUGUGGCUCUACCCAGAAAGCACCUUAUGCCUGAAAGAACUAACCUCAGAGUGGUCAAGGUCUUCAGUCUUUAUCCUGUCUUCCUUAAUCUUUGUCUAAAGGACUAAUAAAGGCCACUGUAUACUGUGCA